ACCCGCACAUGGCCCUUGAUUGUUAGUGCAUCUGAUAGUACCCACGCACUACGUUAGCAUCCCAAUCGUUCAAUGACAUGUGCCCGUCAUUGAUCACACAUCACGCCCCAGUUAACGGCACGCUGUCGCAGGUGAUCGCUGCAUCGAGCCGCCAUCCCGCGCAACUCUCCGAUCGCGGGCAGAUCAUCAGGACCCAAGCUUCCGACAGACGGCGUCACUCGACCCGGCACGAGCGACCACUAUUCCUCGACAGGUCAGUCGAUGUAGCCGACCCGUUCCCCAUACCAUCCCCGAGUUGGCUCGACCCUCAGUAAAGCGACAACCUGUGACGGAAUCAAGACGUGCAAGACGCGAUGCUGGGUCGAUCCAGCAAACCAUACGGCACGCAGGCCUCGUCCAGCAAUCCCGCCGAGUACGAGCCGCUGAACGCGAGCGACGACGUGACCAUUGCCGACUCCGACGAUGUAGAGCAUCAACCACGACGCUCGAGCCUCGAGGGCUCAACCAUGCACAGCCGCGCGGAAGAAGUGCCCUUCUCCCGGCUCGAGUACGCCAUCUUCCUCCUCCUCGGCGUCGCCAUGCUCUGGGCGUGGAACAUGUUUCUCGCCGCCGCGCCGUACUUCGCCGCGCGCCUGGCCGCCUCGCCCUCUAUACAGGCGACCUUUCAGCCGUCCAUCCUCGCCGUGUCGACCGUGACGAACCUGGUGGUCAUGCUGGUCCUGUCCAACAUGCAGACCAAGGCCUCCUACCCACUCCGCAUCAACAUGGCCCUGUCCAUCAACAUGCUCGUGUUUGUGUUCCUCACCGGAUCGACCGUGCUUCUGGCUCACGCCACACCAAAGGUGUACCUGGGCUUCGUGCUCGUCAUGGUCUGUCUGAGUUCGUGGGCGACAGGCCUGAUCCAGAACGGCGCGUUUGCCUUUGCGGGGAGUUUUGGACGGAGCGAGUACAUGCAGGCACUCAUGGCAGGGCAGGGCAUCGCGGGCGUGCUCCCGCCCUUGACGCAGAUCUUCUCGGUCCUCGCGUACCCUCCUUCUACCAAGGAAUCCGAUGACGGGGAUGACCAGGCCUCGGCAUUUCUCUACUUUAUCACCGCCGUGAGCAUCUCGCUCGGCACUCUCAUUGCCUUCAUCCCUCUCUCGAAACGUCAUGCACAGAUCGUCGAGAGGCGCCUAACGGUCGAGAUGGCUGGGUCCGUAGCCUCUGUCGAGGAAGCUGAACAGGCCGCGCGCAAGCCCGUCUCGUUGCUGCGCCUCUUCUCCAAGUUACGCUGGCUAGCCCUCGGAUUGAUUCUGACAUUCACAGAGACCAUGUUCUUCCCGGUAUUCACAUCCAAGAUCUUGUCUGUCAACGAUGGGCCCAAUGCAGGCACCCUAUUCCACCCGGCAGCCUUCAUCGCUUUUGCCUUCUUGUUCUGGAACGUUGGCGACCUCAGCGGUCGACUGGCCACGUCCCUGCCAUUCUCCUUGGGAGACCGACCAUUCCUACUCUUCCUGCUCUCGGUAGCACGGGCGGCGUAUAUACUGCUGUACCUCCUCUGCAACAUUGGCGGGCGUGGCGCCAUUGUGCCGUCCGACACAUUCUACCUCGUCAUUGUGCAGCUCGUCUUUGGCCUGACAAAUGGUUGGCUCGGCGCGAGUUGCAUCAUGGCAGCGGGCGCCUACGUGGAAACCGAAGAGCGAGAGGCCGCUGGCGGCUUCAUGGGGUUGUGUCUAGUUAUUGGACUAGCAACGGGAAGUUUCCUCAGCUUCACGGUGGCUGGCGUGUAAGCAAGCAAUACAGACACUGUCCACGAGUGUUUUAUUGCCACGAGUCAUGAAUUAACAAAGUAUACGAUUUGUACUGGGCGCUCAAUUUGUGAGCUGGAAACCCUGCGCCUAUGUGUUUGGAGAUAUUCUCGCCU